AAUUAGCAGUCUAAUGUGUUCUAAAGAGCAGCUCCACUCAGAUCUCUUCUUAAGGGUUGCAUUUCAUCACAGUAUAAAUGGGCAAAUCCAUCACUUCCCUCUGCUCAGUGCUCUUGAAGCGAGAUUGAAGGGAAAAUUAGAAGCUGUUCAUUUGGGCUUGCGGGCUCAGAAGCGUCGCACUGCUUUGUUUUGUACUCUACCGUGUCCUGUUGAAAGGGGUCAACAAGUGCCGGGGAGGGUGCAGAGGCUGAGGCUGGCGUCACCUUCCGUUGCUAAGGUAACGUGCUCUGGCCAUUUUAUCUGAUAAAGGAAGUCCAGUGGACUGUAUGCAUUAUUCAUCACUGUUCUAAUCAAACAAUCAAAAUCGUUUACUUUCACCGGGAAUAUUUAGCAAGAUCAAAGACACUCUGGCUGGAACGGCUCUUGUUUUACCGCUGACAGAUAGCCUUUGAUUUUUAUUUUUUGCAGUGUUCCAGUGAACAUUUUCUCUCAAAACUCUGUGUUUGGAACAUCAAGGAUGGAUUAUCCCAAAAUGGAUUAUUUUCUGGAUGUAGAGUCUGCUCACAGACUCUUGGAUGUUGAGUCAGCUCAAAGAUUCUUCUACAGUCAAGGAGCUCAAGCUCGCCGGGCGACCCUGCUCCUGCCUCCCACAUUAAUGGCGGCAUCCUCGGAGGAUGAUAUAGACCGGCGGCCCAUCCGGAGAGUGCGCUCCAAGAGCGACACGCCGUACCUCGCAGAGGCCAGGAUCUCCUUUAACCUGGGGGCAGCUGAGGAAGUGGAGAGGCUGGCGGCGAUGCGUUCUGACUCCCUCGUCCCAGGCACCCACACCCCACCCAUCCGCAGGAGAAGUAAGUUUGCCAACCUGGGAAGGAUUUUCAAGCCUUGGAAAUGGAGGAAGAAGAAAAGCGAAAAGUUCAAACACACGUCAGCAGCCCUGGAAAGGAAAAUAUCUAUGAGGCAAAGCAGAGAAGAGCUGAUAAAGCGAGGAGUCCUGAAGGAAAUCUAUGAUAAAGAUGGAGAACUCUCUAUAUCCAAUGAAGAGGACUCCCUAGAAAAUGGGCAGUCCCUGAGCUCCAGCCAGCUGUCUCUGCCUGCCCUGUCCGAAAUGGAGCCAGUCCCAAUGCCCAGGGAUCCCUGCUCAUAUGAGGUGCUCCAACCGUCAGACAUCAUGGAUGGGCCAGUGUCUGAAGAGAGUCCCUCUGCCAGUGAGUCUGGAGUCCUCCUGUCCCAAGAUCCUUCAGCCAAACCAGUCCUGCUACUGCCCCCCAAAAAACCUGCUGCUUUCCCUGGAGACCAUGAAGAGACCCCAGUGAAGCAGCUGCCCCUUCUCAAGCAGCCCCCGGCCCUGCCUCCCAAACCCACUACCAGGAUUGCCAACCACUUAACAGAUCCUGGCGCCCCUGUGAAAUUGCCUUGUCUGCCAGUGAAACUGUCGCCUCCGCUACCUCCAAAGAAAGUCAUGAUCUGUAUGCCCGUGGGGGGGCCAGACCUCUCACUGGUGUCCUACACAGCCCAGAAGAGUGGCCAGCAGGGUGUGGCCCAGCACCACCACACUGUCCUGCCCUCCCAGAUCCAGCACCAGCUGCAGUACGGCAGCCACGGCCAGCACCUCCCCUCCACCACCGGCUCCCUCCCCAUGCACCCCUCGGGCUGCAGAAUGAUAGACGAGCUCAACAAAACGCUGGCCAUGACCAUGCAGAGGCUGGAAAGCUCUGAGCAGCGGGUCCCCUGUUCCACUUCUUACCACAGCUCUGGGUUACACUCGGGUGAUGGGGUCACCAAAGCAGGACCUAUGGGCCUUCCAGAAAUAAGACAAGUGCCAACUGUUGUGAUUGAAUGUGAUGACAAUAAAGAAAAUGUGCCUCAUGAGUCAGACUACGAAGACUCUUCUUGCCUGUAUACAAGAGAAGAGGAGGAAGAGGAGGAGGACGAAGAUGACGACAGCUCAUUAUACACCAGCUCCCUGGCCAUGAAGGUCUGCAGGAAGGACUCCUUAGCCAUCAAACUCAGCAACAGGCCCUCCAAGCGAGAGCUGGAAGAAAAGAACAUCCUUCCCAGGCAGACGGAUGAGGAGCGGCUGGAGCUGAGGCAACAGAUUGGCACCAAGCUCACCAGGCGGCUGAGCCAGAGGCCAACUGCAGAGGAACUGGAACAGAGGAACAUUUUGAAACCUCGGAAUGAACAAGAGGAACAGGAGGAGAAGAGAGAGAUCAAGAGGAGGCUAACCCGAAAGCUCAGUCAAAGGCCCACGGUGGAAGAGCUUCGGGAAAGAAAGAUCCUCAUCCGCUUCAGUGACUACGUGGAGGUGGCUGACGCUCAGGACUAUGACCGCAGGGCAGAUAAGCCGUGGACCCGCCUCACCGCUGCAGACAAAGCUGCCAUCCGAAAGGAGCUCAACGAAUUCAAAAGCACUGAGAUGGAAGUUCAUGAAUUGAGUAGACACUUAACAAGGUUUCACCGACCUUAACAGUCGAAUUCCUCGAGUGCUAUGCUGUCUUCAAAACAUAAAUUUAUAAGAACCAUAAGUGCUGGUAUUUAUUCACUUCCCCAUUACGAUGUAAAUCUUCUGAACUGCCUUUUUUUUAAAAAGAAGAAGAAAAAUCAAGGAAACACAAUCAGGAUUUUAUGUGUGAAAACGCAAAAGUAAUGGCUCGGCGGUCCGAGCUGCUGGUCCCACUUCUGACACCAAAAUGCAUCCCAACCCCCGGCAGUGCCAAGGGCACCGGCAGGGCCCUGACUGAAGACUGUCUGGCAGGUGGAACGGUCCUUGUCCUCUCCAGCCAGGCCCAGCAGGCACUGCCUUCAUGAAGUCUCCAGCAAACCUCUUCCUCACAAGUGUCUGUCACCUGAGUCCAAAGAAAGCUGAAGGGGUGGGUUUGUUUUGGGAGGUACUGUGCAAAGCUAAUGAUCUGGUUGGACUUCUACACUUGGCCAAAGGUACUGGCUCCAGACAUGACAUUUGGUUUGGGGGCCCUUUGAAGUUGAUGCCAAGAAGGAGGGAACACUUCUCAGUUGCCCAUGGCUUUUCCCUCCCUUCAGCCACCACCCACACAGUGAACAAAAGGCAAGGGCCCAUUUCUGGGGGAGUCUGGCUGCCUCUUGGCUACGAAGGCUGGCACUGAGCACCCAUCCUACUCCCUCUGCCUGAGCUGAGCUGCCUUUCAGGAAGCUCUGGUUUAGAAGGGGAAAGAUGUCAUAUGCUCAGUUCAAAUAAUCAACCCAACUGUGUUCAGAGAGUCCAGUGUCAUAAGUGACCCACACACACACACAGCCAUUGCUAAGGUACUCCUGUGUUGUUUAUAAGUCUGAGUGGGAGGACUCUAUUGAACCCUGUGGGGUCAGAAACUGCUUGGCUGACAUUUAUUUUCUCUGUGUGCCUCGAAGCCGAUGAUUAUAUGGCUUGGGAGUUCUUAGCUUCUGUGUAUAGGACCAGUGCAUGCAGGCCAGAAAUCACUCCUGUAGGACUGGCUUUCCAGCCACUGAGGGACUUGGAACCACUCCAUGGCCUUCUCUCUCUCUUUUUUUUUUUUUUU